GCCACACAAGAUGCGGUGGCACGAGGGAAUCGAGACGGGAACAGUCAAUCAUUCGUACAUCACUGCACAUGCAUUUGAGAUCUGUCUUCCUUAAUUCCGCUCUCACUGCAUUGCGUUGCAUUGCAUAAGAUAGUCUUUCUCCAUCCCCAGCCUAGCUCAUCUUUCAUUCAUGCCAUGUUAGUCACGUUCCUUAAAAUCUAGUGUGCCCCAACCCCACGCAAACUUCAGCUCUUUCUUCUUCUUCUUCUUCUUCUUCUUGUCUUGCUUACAUGGCCUCUGCAAAUCUUGCUACAGCAUUAUAACUGCAAAUUCAACUCUCUCGCCCAAAUUUUUUUUCCAUGUUUUAGCAAGGUGUUCUUUCUUGGAACCGUAACACUCACCCAAGAAUCUUGAAACUCUUUACCGACCGUCAGCCAGAUCAAAAGCUGCAUCUUUUUCACACUCUCUUCUGUCAUGAGAAACACCCACAUGCUCAAGCUCAUCUUUGGACUAGCUACAGCUGCUGUUGCAUUAGCUCUGUUCCUCUUCUUUUACUUCUACCGGAAUAUAUCAAGAACAGAUGGUCAAAGAGCAGACUUGGAGAAUUCAGACGGAACGUACGAAGAUGAGACGGACGUGGAGGACCUGAUGACGUUCCGAGGCGGCGAGGACCUCACGAUUGGCGAAAUCUUGGAUGCUCCGGGAGAGGUCAUUGGGAAGUCCAGUUAUGGGACACUGUACCGGGCUGUGUUUGAUCAGAGCAAUUCAUUGAAGUUGUUGAGGUUCUUGAGACCGGUUUGCGUCACAAGAAGUGAGGAAUUUGCUGAGGUGAUUGAGAUUUUGGGAAGUGUUAAGCACCCAAAUUUGGUUCCUUUGCUGGGGUUUUAUUCUGGGCCAAGAGGAGAGAAAUUGAUGGUUUAUCCAUUUUAUAGGAAGUGGAAUCUGGCAGAGUUCAUCAGAGAUGGAAACAAAAAUUCUCGCAGAUGGGCCACCAUCUACAAGAUCUCGAUAGGCAUAGCCGAAGGACUGGAUCAUCUUCACACGGGACUAAUGAAGCCUAUAAUCCACGGGAAUCUAAAAUCGAAGAACAUUUUCUUGGACCACAAUCAGCACAAUCAGCAGCCGUACGUCUCAGAUUUCGGCUUGCAUUUGCUGUUGAACCCGAUGGCUGGUCAAGAAAUGCUCGAAGCAUCGGCAGCUGAGGGCUACAAAGCUCCGGAGCUCAUCAAAAUGAAAGAAGCAAGUGCAGAUUCCGAUAUAUACAGCCUUGGCGUCAUCUUGCUCGAAAUGCUUACUGGGAAAGAACCAAUCAAUGGAAAAGCAUCUUCUGAUGAGGAGAUUUAUCUACCAAACUAUAUUAGAAGGGCAGUACUUGGUCGUAGAGUCUCGGAGUUAUAUCAUCCUGAUAUUCUUUUCAGCAAUGGAGGAGGUAGUGAUGAUGUUUCUGUUUUGGAAGCGCGCGUGCUCAAGUUAUUUCACCUUGCAAUGGCCUGCUGUUCUCCAUCUCCCUCUCUCAGACCAACCGCAAAACAAGUCCGAUGGAAGCUUGAGGAAAUCGGGAAAUGAGGACUCAAUUACAGAUCAUCAGACCUAUUCGAUCCGAGUAAUAGUAGUGUAGGUCUAGGUAUACUCUGACGGUUAAAUUUAAAGCUGAGACUUGGUGUCAUUUGGUGAAGUCCUAGGACAGUGACAAUGAAGACUAUGAUGUUUCAUAUCUAUAGAGUUUGUUUUACUAGCAAAACCUUUGAAAAUUUCAGCUACCCACCGGACGUGAGCAAAUGCAGUGACAAUGACUUCCAUGACGGUUUUGUUUGUGGGCAUUACUAAUUCCCUGAAGAAACAGGUGGAUGCGUCAGCCGCUCAAAAGAAUUGGAGAGUUGGUGAUUUGGGUUUUGUCCCGUUUCGAGAUUCUUGAUUGUUACCGCAAUUAUCAGCUACAACAGACUGGAUUCUACUGGUCCCAUCUUGAUUGUGGAGGCUACUAUAUCCUGAAUUUGAAGCUAUGACAUUGGGAUUGAUGAUUGAUAUGGGUGUCCAGGAUCUUUUGUUCAUUUCUUAAGCAAAGAAUGUCAGCUACCAAUGGAACCUUGAGUGCUCAUGUGGGUAUUACAUUUUUUUUAUUUUUGUUUUAAAGAUGAUCCCUGUUGAUAGGGAUUAAAGAAUAUGUGGCACCAAUGAAAUAUAAAGUGCUCGCUCAACCUUGGCAUAUUUUAUUAUUAUGGCUCCAUUAUUGAUGAUUAAA